AUGGAGGUUCCAUUAUUGCGCUACCACUGCCUUUCUCGGGAUCAAAUUAGGAGCAACUGUGGUUUCCCUUCCUCCUCAGAUCAUAGAUCUCUGUUUCCUGGGUAUCGUUCCUCAAUCUACGAGGGCAUCUGGAGGAAACCAUUUGGUAGAUUCCGGUGUGCUUCUUCACUAAAUCCGGGACUAAAACCUCGUCCUAUCCCAAUUCCUACCAGAAUCGAUAAUGAUGUGAAUGAAAUUGUCGAAUUUGACGAUGCCCGGAUGAAAAAACCGAGUGCUUCACUCUGUAGUCAGAUAGAGAAGUUAGUCCUGUGCGGAAGGUAUAGACAAGCGCUUGAUUUGUUUGAGAUAUUUGAGCUUGAAGGUGGGUUUGAUGUCGAUGGGGAUACAUAUGAUGCGCUAAUCAGAGCUUGUAUAGGGUUAAGAUCUGUUCGAGGAGUCAAGAGGAUAUACCAUUACAUGAAAUCUAAUGGGUUUGAACCUGAUCUCUACAUGAGAAACAGAGUGCUGCUCAUGCAUAUAAAAAGUGGCCUGAUGGAGGAAGCACGCCUUUUAUUUGAUGAAAUGCCAGAAAAGAAUCUAGUUUCAUGGACUACAAUCAUGGGUGGGCUUCUAGAUAUUGGAGAGUACUUGGAGGCGUUUAGAUUAUUCCUGCUUAUGUGGGAAGAUUUUUCCGAAGGUGAUCCACGCUUGUUUUCCACAACGAUCAGAGCUUGCACCGGACUUGGAUCAGUCUCUAUCGGGAAGCAAUUACAUGCCUGUAUGCUGAAAAUGGGAGCGGUGCACAACAUAUUCAUUUCUUGUUCGCUUAUCGAUAUGUAUAGCAAGUGUGGUGCUAUAGAAGAUGCUCGUUUUAUUUUUGAGGAUAUGCCAGAGAAAACAACUGUAGGAUGGAAUACAAUGAUUACUGGGUAUGCCCUUCAUGGUUACAGUGAAGAAGCUGUGGACAUGUUCUUCCAAAUGAGUGAUUCUGGUGUUAAAAUGGAUCACUUCACGAUUUCACUAAUCGUGAGGGUAUGUGCAAGGUUGGCUUCUUUGGAUUAUGCUAAGCAAGCACACGCUGCUUUAUACCGACAGAACUUUGGAUCAGAUAUGGUGGCAAAUACAACACUUGUAGACUUGUAUAGCAAAUGGGGGAGAAUAGAAUAUGCUCGGCAUGUUUUCGAGCAGAUGCCUUGUAAGAAUGUGCUUUCCUGGAAUGCGCUGAUCUCCGGAUACAGUAACCGCGGUCAAGGCAGUGAAGCAAUUGAGUUGUUCGACCGAAUGAUCCACGAAAAAAUGAGGCCGACUCACAUUACAUUUCAUGCUGUACUAUCUGCUUGUUGCUAUUCUGAUUUAUCAGUACAAGGGUGGGAAAUAUUUAAAUCAAUGGAGACUGAUCAUGGGAUCAAGCCACGGGCAAUGCACUAUGCAAUCAUGAUCGAACUACUGGGUAGAGACGGGUUGAUUGAUGAAGCUUUUGCUUUGCUCAGAGGAGCUCCCUUCAACCCCACAGUAAACAUGUGGGCUGCACUUGUAACAGCUUGUCGAAUGGAGGAAAAUUUGGAGCUUGGAAGAUAUGCAGCUGAGAAGCUCUAUGGAAUGGAACCGGAAAAGUUGAACAAUUACAUUGUUCUUCUCAACAUAUAUAAGAGUUCUUCUGGCAGCUCAAAGGAAGCAGCUGCUGCAAUCCUCAACACCAUAAGAAGAAAGGGUAUGAAUAUUCUUCCAGCUUGUAGUUGGAUUGAAGUAGGAAGACGGGUGCAUGUUCUCCACUUUGGAGAUAAGUCUCAUCCACAAAGCAAGGAGGUUCAUGAGAAGGUGGAUGAGCUGAUCAAGCAGAUAUCCAAACAUGGGUAUGCUCCUGGGGAGAAAACGGUGCUUCCGGAUGUAGAUGAAAUAGACCAGAAGAAGAAACUGGGGUAUCAUAGUGAGAUGUUGGCUGUGGGUUUAGGGGUGAUGAGCAGUCCUUGGUGGAAGCAGUUGCAGGUGGUUCAGGGUCACAGGAUCUGUGGUGACUGUCAUGAAGCAAUCAAGUUGAUAUCAAUGUUGAAGAGGAGGGAAAUUAUAGUCAGAGAUGCCAGUAGAUUCCAUCAUUUCAGUGACGGUCAUUGUUCCUGUGGGGAUUACUGGUGA